AUGAUCCAACAGCAUGCGCAACAUGUCUUCUCGCUGUCCGGCUCGCCUCACAGGGUGAUGGCACGCCCACCGCAACAACAACCUCGCAGUAUCCUUAAAAAGUCAUCGUCGGCACCCACAAGUCCUUCCUACACGACACCAUCUUCGCCGUUAGCAUCGCCACCGCUCAUGUCGUCUCCUUUCGAGUCGUUCGCAGUCACUGGCUACCGACCACAGCAAUGGUCCGUUAUCGGCAUCGCCAGAGCACAGAUGCGACGGCCGUCAAUGACCGCCUAUUCAGUCAAUGCUCAGACAGCCAACACGAGCCUUACAGUGACCUUACUCUACGUACCCACAGAAACGCUGUAUGCAUGGCCGUUCAACCUGUCCUCUCCCGGCGCCAAAGGCGUCUGUUACGAGACUUGCUCGUCCGAAAAGGAUGGCGCCGCUGCUCGCAUCCCACCCGAAGGAACGAUGAGCAUCAGCCUUCGCGUGCUGGCGGAUGUCAUCCGGUGCUGGAUGCGAAUCCGCCGAGAGAGAUCCGUGCUAGCACAACACAGAGGCUCGACUGGCAUGCUCACUAGCCCCACCAGCCCAGCUACCUCGCUUGACCAGGUGUUGGACGACGACGAGGUGAUCUCUGACAUCAUCGACACAUUGCGGCUGUACCAACUCACACCAUUCGAGAGAUCGAUCUAUCUGCUGAGGCAAAGACUACCCGAGCAGUCUACAUCAGAGUCGCCCAAGCAAUCACGACAGUCCAACGUCUCUGACCAGCCUACACCGCCUCGAGGACGUCCGCAAUCGAGCUCAAGCAGCUCCGAAGACGGAUCGGAAGACGACCGCGAUUCGCACCAUCGCAGCGACUCGUGCGGUUCAAGCCAAGCCAGUACGGUCGAGGCGAGCCCGGAUCGCUCUAUUCAUCCGAAGCUGACAGCAUCCCCCAAGCUGCCCAAGAUCAACACAAUAGCUGCCUCCAGCGAGUCGCACGAUACCAAAACGGCCGUUCCUCAGAUCCACCUGGUCGAAGCCACGCCGCAAGAUUCAGCGUACGAGGAGCGAGACCGUAUUCUGGAGAAAUCUACGCCCAAGACCGCCCGCGGCGGCAGCUUUGGAAGUCGAUCGAUGGACACGGUUCACGAAGACGCAUCAGAAGCUGUCGACACUGAUGAAGGCUCAACAAGUUCUGACUGCGGACCAGUGAAAUUCAUCGACAUCCAGGCUUGCCGUCGUGCUGGUGCCGAAGAGAUGCCGAGCCCCAAGACGGCGACAUCGCCAGGCCCACUUACCGCGCCGGAGACGAGCUCCGAAGAAGCUACCUCCAGUAGCUCCAAGACGGCCCGCGCGACGCCAGCCAAAGUAUCGUUCCGCGAUCCCUUCAAAGGCAUCCAACGCUCAAGCUCGAAACCUGAGAUCCUUGUCGAACCCAUCGAGUAUGGCAGCCCCGAGUCGCUGCUCAAUUCAGGCAAGAUCAAAUCUUCCAAGCGUCCUUCGCUGGACGGCCUUCGAUCCAUUUUUGGUGGUCGAUCCAAGUCGCAGUGA